UUACAUUAAUCGUAGGAUGAUAGAGUUGUCAUGGUAACGUGAGAUGCUACAUGGGGAAACACCUACUGAUUGCCUGCGCAGUGGGAGACUUACAGUGGCUUCAACUCUGCGUGGAAAAGGGUGCAGACCCAACAUUUGUUAACAAUGAGGGUUGGAGUGCUCUCCACAUGGCGGCUAUGAACGCCAAGCUGAACUGUUUGCAGUUCCUUAUUGACAACCUCAAGAUUGAUGUGGAUAUAACAAGUGAAACGGGUUGGACCCCACUCCAUUUAGCGAGCAGAGCUAAACCUGAGACUGACGCAUUGGACUGUGUUACCUUCCUUCUCAAUGAAGGAGCAGAUGUUAAUAGAGCAAACGAAAUGGGCAUAACCAGUGUGCACCAAGCUGUCUCAGCGAACAACCUCAAGUGUCUCUCUACUCUCGUAAAGAACGGAGCGAGAGUCGCUUGUACGGAUAAGCGUGGACUCCAGCCAAUUGAUGUCGCAAAGGUAUGGGGGCAUUCCGAGUGCUCAAAGUAUCUCGAAAAUGUGAUGUGGUAUGAGAAGAAGCGAGAAGAAGAGUCGACGAGAAGAAGGUGGGUCUUGGAGCACAAAAAAUUACUGGACGAGGAGAUAAAGAAAUAUGCCGACGCAAAACGAUCGGACAAAGUUCAUCAUGCAUACAAAUCUUGGAUUGAUAAAAAGAAACUUGGCAGUCCAAAACUUCCUUCUCAUUCUGAGGCAAGAGCUCGUCCACUCACGUGUUACAAGGAAGAAGUUAUUCACGAUUUCCACCGUAAACAGUUAUCUAAGAAGAUUCAAGAGAAGGUGAGCAGUCCAAGACCUCGUCAAUUUAGUCCUAGACUUCAACUUGAGAGAGUUAAGAAAAUACAGGAGCUGAGAAACACGAUAACAUCGCGUGAUAUUAUGGGACAAUCACGUGACGAAUCACCGGUAAAAUCGCGUGACGUUCCGAAAAAAACACGCGACGUCACCAUUAAAUCUCGCGACGUCGCAAUAAAAUCACGCGACGUCACCAUCAAAACACGCGACGUCACGUUAGAACCUAACAAGGUUGUUUCCAACUCAACUGUCACUGCACCUGCUCCUAGGGGUAUUGAUAACAUAACCCGACCGUCCGUAAAAUCACCCGAGGAACUCAAACCAGGAAUAAAAUUAAGUACCAAGUCAAAAGAAGACGAAUACUAUCACCAAUACAGAAUCUCUAAAUUAGCAGAGCCUAAACAGCCUUGUAACCGGAGAAAACGCCGGAAGAAAAAGUCCCUCAAAACAUCACCAGAGGAGCCACUCUACUAUCCUGUUAGAAUAGAUAACUACUUCUCUCCUUCCUCUUCCACCCCCGACUCUGGGUACGUGGAGGAACCAGUCAGCCCACCUCCUGAGGAGACCGACUCUCUUAAAGUUGACGAGUUUAAUGAACUUGACAUUGUUUCGGUUGAUUCUGAAGAAUCUCAGAUCCCGGAAAAACUGGUUAAGGAGGCUAGUAUUGUUGACGUCGGAAAUAAGUCAGUCCGGUUCAGUGAAAAUGUCUUUUAUGAUACGGAGCAUAAUUCAGUGUCUUUUGGAAAUACGUUUGAACAUUUGCGCAGCUGUAUUAAAGCUAAGAAUAUACAUUGAAAUUGAAUGCCAUAACUUGAUUAUGAAGAUGUUGUUAUUAUGAAAAUUCAAUUUUGAAAUUUAUUCGAAUUAAA